GAGUAGUGUAGUAGGGGUGUUAGCCUAGUGGUUAAAGCGUUGGACCAGUAACUGAAAGGUUGCAAGUUCAAAUCCCUGAGCUGACAAGAUAAAAACAAAUCUAUUGUUCUGCCCCUGAACAAGGCAGUUAAUCCACUGUUCCUAGGCUGUCAUUAAAAAUAAGAAUUUGUUCUUUACUGACUUGCCUAGUUAAAUAAAGGUAAAAUAUAGAUAUUUUUAAAUAACUAAAUCCCCAACCUGGUCCCAUUCCAUCAUGGCCAUCUAAUCCCCUCCCUCAUUCCUAAUUGGUAUAAUAUAACUCACCUCUCCACCAGAUUGGGGUGAGCGUUCCGGCACAAAAAUGGGCGCCAUGCAUCACCCAGGUGGGUGCUGCACAUUGGUGGUGGAUGAGAUGAGUUUGCCCUUUACUAUGUAAAGCGCUUUGAGUAACCGUAGAAACGCGCUAUAUAAAUCCACUCAAUUAUUAUGUUUGUUACAAUUAUCACAGGACAGAAAAUGCUACUGGAUGUUGUGUACAUUUGUUGAAUAGCAUCCAAGCUUGCCUCCCAUUGGAUAGAAUUAGAGCAAUUGGUCAUCGAUUUUAGUGAUGUCAGUAGGUACUGCUUUUUUACCGUGGCAAUUAAUUAGAUUGGGCAAUGCAUUUUGUCAUUGGACUGGGCAUCAGCGUGUCGAAACGACUAGCAAGCUCAGGCUACUCGGGCACACCGACGACUAAGGAACGUGAAUACUUCUUUACAUUGGAAAAAGGGAUCAGAUGAAUGAGUCACUCCAAGGGACUCUAGAGAGGAACGUUGUCCUCCACCGCCGGCCCCCGUCUCCCUCACCCUGCUCAGCCUCCCCUCUACAGACAUCAUCAAAUGAACUCUAUCUGAAUGCCACUUUCUAUGGGUUUGGAUUCAGUACAGCAGCCAGCAGUGAAGAGAGCCAAUCUCUUACAAAUCCUCAUUUUGCCACGGAACCUUACGAAUUGCUUUCAAAAGUGCCUCGAAAGAACUAAAGAAAACCAUGAUUUUUCCUUCAUGUAUCGUGCUGCUGUUUUGAGAGUAUUCCUCUGAUUGACCAUAAAGGGAAGGACAGUUGCAUCAGAGCGGACAGGACCGUAAACUACAUUAAGGCUUUAGGGGAGCAGUCAUAACUUCUCUCUCCAUACGAGCCGACGACCAUGGUCCCCCAGAAGGCUGACUUGACUGUUUUGCCAUGUCAGGAUGUGGUGGAGAUGCCAGUGAAGAAGCAGAGCAGUGAGAGGGACGAGGAGAGUCCUGAUGGGUCUCUGGGUGAGGGUGCUGGGGGGGAACGGAUUCCUCUGCGCAAGUGGGUCAUGCAUGGUGCUGUCAUGUUCGGACGAGAGUUCUGCUACGCCAUGGAGACAGCCCUGGUCACACCAGUCUUACUGCAAAUAGGACUUCCAGAGCAGUACUACAGCCUGACGUGGUUUCUAAGCCCCAUCCUGGGCCUGAUCCUCACCCCUCUCAUUGGCUCAGCCAGCGACCGCUGCACCCUGAAAUGGGGCCGCAGGAGACCCUUCAUCCUGGCACUCUGUGUGGGGGUGUUACUGGGAGUGUCUCUCUUCCUCAAUGGGUCCCUCUUAGGUGAGUGGGAGCCCUCGGGGGACGUUCCCAGCAGUCAGCCCAUUGGGAUAGUGCUGACGGUGCUGGGCGUGGUUCUACUGGACUUCAGUGCAGACGCCUCAGAUGGGCCUAUCAGAGCCUACCUGUUGGAUGUAGCCGACACAGAGGAGCAGGACAUGGCCCUCAACAUACAUGCUUUCUCUGCAGGGCUGGGAGGAGCGGUUGGCUACGUGCUGGGUGGCCUGGACUGGACCAGCACCAUCCUGGGCACGGCCUUCAAGUCCCAGGAGCAGAUCCUGUUUGUGUUUGCUGCCGUCAUCUUCACCAUAUCUGUGAUUCUACACAUGUUCAGUAUCAAGGAGGAGAUUUUUGAGGCUCGUGGUGACACUCUGGGAGACUCCGACUCCGACAGCCUGUCCUCCUCAGAGAAACUGAAGGGGGGCUUGGCGGGGCCUCGCAGUGUACCUCAGCUGGACGUUAUAGGAGAGGAGGACGCCCAGUCAGAGAGGGAGCUCUUCAUCAACGUGGACAGGGUGAGGAGUAAGAGCGACUCGGUGCUGGCCAUGCCUGACGCCACCAUCGAGCUGGACUCGGACCUGGACCAGGACGGUCAUUUCCUGGCCGACAUUGAGCCCUCCAUCUUUCAGGACUACCCCCAAAAUGUGUACCCUGACACCCCUCAGAGACACUACAGUGGAUGGGGCAUCCAGGACCUGGAAGGCCCCCAGGCCGAGGCUCAGGCAGACAGCCAGCUGCCCCUCUUCCACCAGGACCCCUCCCCCUACUACAGCAGGGAGCACAUGUUGUUCAACAACCAGACCAACCAGGGAGCCAAGUGCCUCAACGGGGCCUCAGCGGCCCCGGCGGUCCCCUCCAACCACACAGCCCGCGGGGCCAACAGCCAGGGCCGUAUGCCAGGCCUGAGGCCGUCCAACACCAGCACCACUACCGGGGCACGCCGCUUCCCCUUCUACCGCCAGCCGUCAUUUACAUUCUCUUACUAUGGCCGCGUGGGUUCAGCACGAUACCGCCACCGCAGAAACACCAUGGGCAAUCCGGCCGGCGCCAACCUCCGCAUCAAGACCUCGCAGAGCAUGAACGACAUCUACGAGCACAUGCAGCGGCGGCAGCAGAGGAGGGAGCUCCAGCAGAGCAGCACCACCCUGUCCAGUGGGGACUCUGAGAGGGACGACGGGGACGAGGGGGGCACCACGGUCAAGCUGCUGUGGCUGUCCAUGCUGAAGAUGCCCCCCCAGCUGCUGAGGCUCUGCGUCUGUCAUCUCCUCACCUGGUUCUCCAUCAUCGCUGAGGCAGUCUUCUACACAGACUUCAUGGGACAGGUCAUCUAUGCUGGAGACCCCACAGCUCCUGCUAACUCCACUGGCCUGCAGAACUACCAUAAAGGGGUUCAGAUGGGCUGCUGGGGACUGGUUGUCUAUGCUGCUACCGCUGCAGUCUGCUCAGCUGUGCUCCAGAAGUACCUGGACAACUACGACCUGAGCAUUAAGGUGAUCUACAUCCUGGGUACUCUGAGCUUCUCCCUGGGAACUGCAGUCAUGGCGAUCUUCCCUAACGUCUAUGUUGCCAUGGUGAUGAUCAGCACCAUGGGCAUCAUCUCCAUGAGUAUCUCCUACUGCCCCUAUGCUCUGCUGGGCCAGUACCACGAGAACAAGCAGUACAUCCACCACAGUCCGGGGAAGUCGCGGCGAGGCUUCGGCAUCGACUGUGCCAUACUGUCGUGCCAGGUGUACAUUGCCCAGAUCCUGGUGGCGUCUGCACUGAGCACGGUGGUGGACGCGGUGGGCAGUGUGCGGGUCAUUCCAAUGAUGGCAUCUGGAGGCUCCUUCCUGGGCUUCCUCACCUCCACCUUCCUGGUCAUCUACCCAGACUCCUCCACUCCCACCACUACGCAGGACCAGGAGGGGUAUGGAGAGGAAGGGGCUCCGGCCCUGGUGGCCCCAGAACCAGGCCCCAGUGGUAGCAGUAUGCAGGAGCCAGUUGUCCUCAAAACGUCGCCUAAGGGCAGCAGCAGCACGGCACACUACGAGUCCACUAUUUAACAAAGAAGAAGAGGGACAAGGACAAAAUACUGGUGGCAUCACAAUAGUCAUAAAGUGGCUUCCUCUCUUUGUCUCCUUUCUUUAAUCUGCACAUACAGUGACCAAACCUUAACACUCACUAGGCACAUGAGUUCCAGUGGGAUGGACUGUUCCAAUGAACACGUUGUGCAUUUCUUGACAUAUGGCUGUUUUUCUUUUCCUCGUGGGGUUCAAAUGUUUGUGGUUUCACUGAUUAUGUCCCAAAUAGCACCCUACUCCCUUUAUAGUGCACUUUUUACCUGGUUCCAUAAGGCUCUGGUCAAAUGUAGUGCAAUAGGGAAUAGGGUGCCAUUUGGGACUCAUUCACAGUUUGAAAGGCCUGCAGGCCUUAUCAGAAGGAGUAUCCACAAUAUCAGAAGGAGUAUCCACCUCAUACACAGGAUCUAAUGCUGGACUCUUUUUCUUAAACGUAACUUGGACUUUUUCUGUAGAUGGUUGUUUAGACUGCACAUGAAUAUUUUCACUCCUUUUCUAAAUUGAAAACAUUUUUUAUUGAUUUUAUUUUGUGAUUAUAUGAAAUGGUUUGAGUGACCGAUUAACGUUUUUAGAUCAAACUUAGUUUCCCCACAGACAGAAUGAUAUAGGAGUCCCUAUGUUACUGUGACUCGCUAAAGAUGCUGCAGUCAGAGGAUCCAGUUCAGAACAGUAUGGGAGUCCCUAUGUUACUGUGACCUCACUAAAGAUGCUGCAGUCACAGAGGAUCCAGUUCAGAACAGUAUGGGAGUCCCUAUGUUACUGUGACCUCACUAAAGAUGCUGCAGUCACAGAGGAUCCAGUUCAGAACAGUAUGGGAGUCCCUAUGUUACUGUGACCUCACUAAAGAUGCUGCAGUCACAGAGGAUCCAGUUCAGAACAGUAUGGGAGUCCCUAUGUUACUGUGACCUCACUAAAGAUGCUGCAGCCACAGAGGAUCCAGUUCAGAACAGUAUGGGAGUCCCUAUGUUACUGUGACCUCACUAAAGAUGCUGCAGCCCCAGAGGAUCCAGUUUAGAACAGUAUGGGAGUCCCUAUGUUACUGUGACUCACUAAAGAUGCUGCAGCCCCAGAGGAUCCAGUUCAGAACAAUAUGGGAGUCCCUAUGUUACUGUGACUCACUAAAGAUGCUGCAGCCCCAGAGGAUCCAGUUUAGAACAAUAUAGGAGUCGCUCUGUUACUGUGACCUCACUAAAGAUGCUGCAGCCACAGAGGAUCCAGUUCAGAACAGUAUAGGAGUCCCUAUGUUACUGUGACUCACUAAAGAUGCUGCAGUCAGAGGAUCCAGUUUAGAACAGUAUAGGAGUCCCUAUGUUACUGUGACCUCACUAAAGAUGCUGCAGUCAGAGGAUCCAGUUCAGAACAGUAUGGGAGUCCCUAUGUUACUGUGAC